AUGACUCUCGCCUUAGGGACCUUUUUUGCUACAAACUUUACGCUUGGUGGAGAGCUUACUAGCUCACGCAUGUUCCGAGAAAAAGAACAAGCUAAGUUAGAAGCAACACAAGAGAGUAUCAAGACAUCAGCUGGUCUUAGCAUAACCAGUCCCUAUGCCUCUGCUGGGGGUGGUUAUGCAAAAUGGGAUUGGAAAGAGACUACCGAGGGAGUCAAUAAGGUGAACCAAAGCCUUCGACUUGCUUGGGAAGCCCGUGGAGAAGUUGGGCAGCAUCUCGAAACGCCAGCUGCAUCUGGAAGGGUGGAUAAAUUACCAGGCGACAGGAAGAGGAUUUGGACCAGGUUACUUGAGAUCCUGAAGAAUUUGGAAAAAUAUCCAGCGGGAAAGAAAAUCGUGGAAUUUUAUGAAAGUGAGAACUUCAAGAUUGAAGAUUAUAAUUCCUCCUUGAGUGAUGAUGAGGCGGAGCUUAAAUUCAAGACAAAGGUUAAGUGGGGAUUACUGAGCCUUGAACAACAAACUUAUGUUGGGCUUCUGGCUUAUGAUAAGAAGUUCGUUGAAUUUUGA